AUGGACCCGCCAACCGUGCCCCCGGUGGGCACAUCGCUGUUUUGGUUCCGUCGAGACCUGCGCCUGGACGACAACCCCGGCUUGGCCGCGGCCCUGAGCUGCAGUCAGACGGUGGUAGGUUGCUCGAAAGCGGCGCGGGCCCGCCGGCGGGCUGGAUCGCGGCUGUUGGCGGCGCCUGCACGGAUCCCAGUGUUCAUAUGGAGCCCUGAUGAGGAGGGCGAGUUCCAGCCCGGCACCUGCUCCCGCUGGUGGCUCUCGCGCAGCCUGGCGGCGCUCUCCGCCAGGCUGGCCUCGCUGGGCUCCCGCCUGCUGGUGCGCCGCGCCAAGGACUCGCUGUCCGGCCUGGCGGACGUGCUGGCGGACACGGGCGCCACCACCCUGUUCUUCAACCAGCUCUACGACCCCAUCUCGCUGGUGCGGGACUUCGGCCUGAAGCAGGCCCUGGGCGAGAGGGGCGUGGCCUGCUGGAGCUACGGUGGGGACGUGCUGUUCGAACCAUGGGAGGUGAUGCAGGACGACGGGCAGCCCUUCGUAACGUUUGAAGCCUUUUGGGACAGGGUCACGAACUUGGGACUGGAGCCGAAGUUCCCCCUGCCGCCUCUGGUGUCGAUGCCCCAUGUGCCCACUGGUCUGCCUUCCUUGGAACUGAGCGAGUUGGCACUCCUGUCUCCCGAGGAAGACGCGACCAGCAAGUCGCUGGAGCAGAAGUGGGAGCCGGGGGCUCAGCCAUCACACAGGCAGCUGGAGAAGUUUGUUCAAACCAGGUUGAGCAACUUCUGCCACCACAAAGCCCAGGUGGACAAGGAUUCUACCUCAGAGUUGUCCCCUUACAUACACUAUGGAGAAAUCAGUGUCAGAUACAUCUACUACAGGGUCAAGCAGGAAGUUCUGUCUGGAAAGUGCGGACAGCAGAGUUGCAACGAUUUCCUGAGGCAGAUGGGCUACAGGGAGUAUUCCAGGUACAUUUCAUUCCAUUUUCCCUUCACGCAUGAGAGGGCAUACCUGGAGCAUCUUCAGGCGUGCCCUUGGAGGUACGACAAAAAUGACUUCAAGGCCUGGCGCCUGGGCCUGACAGGCUACCCGAUGGUCGAUGCCGGUAUGCGCCAGCUCUGGAGUGAGGGAUGGCAGCACAACCGGCUGCGUGUUGUGUGCGCAUCCUUCCUUGUCAAGAAUCUUCUCCUCCCUUGGCAGUGGGGCUUGAAGCAUUUCUGGCGUACGUUGUUAGAUGCUGAUCUUGAGUGCGAUGCGCUCGGUUGGCAAUAUAUCUCUGGCUGCUUGGCAGAUGCACAUCCUUUUGGCUACCUGAUGGAGUUAGAGUAUGAGAGCAGGAAGUUUGACGCCUCAGGACGAUACAUUCGUCGCUGGAUUCCUAGCCUUGCACGCCUUCCAAACAAGUACAUUCAUUGCCCAUGGGAAGCGCCUGCUGCCAUCCUUGAGGAUGCUGGAGUGGAGCUGGGGGUGACAUACCCACACCGCGUCGUGAAAAUUGAGGCUGUCAGGCAGCGCGUGCUGAAUGCAUGCAACGUAAUCGAGCAGAACCAGCGCAACAUGGACAGAGGUCCAUUCAGGCCAGCAACUGCUCCAGUACCAAGGCCUGAAGAGGCCACCACGAUGACGGAACAGAGUGACAGGGCCACCGAAGACAGCCUUGAAGAUGAUGAUGGAUCCGACAUGGAUGAGAGCACAUCAUCAGAGGAGUCAGGUGUUGAGUCGUUCCUGGGCAGCAGGAAUGUCCCAAGUGAAACUGCAGCAAGAACAGCUGCAAGCCAUUACACGGCUGCAGGCCAUUGGGGCACCAGCUCGGCCUCCCAGAAACGCCGACAGUCUGGAGGUGGAGCUUGA